CUACGGACGCGGGCACUUUGCUUUUUGCGAUCGCAUGCGUCUCCAAGCUGUCGCAGCGCGCAAUGCCGGCGCCAACUUUGCAGGGUGCACGGCGCUCGUCGUUGGCGCCACGUCAGGCAUUGGCGAGGCCAUUGCGCACCGCCUCGCCAAAGCCCACUUCAACGUCGUCGUCGCCGGUCGCAACGCUGAGCGCGGCCGCGACGUCGUUGACGCGCUGCACUCGACGCACCCUGGCGGCGACCACACGUUCCUUCCGCUUGACGCCGAGUGCAUGGCCAACAUCCAUGGGCUCUCGUCGCAGUUCCCGCGCCUCGAUCGGCUCGUGUGCACACAGGGGAUCUCAACGAUCCAAGGCCGCACCGAGACACGCGAGGGCCUCGACCAGAAGAUGGCGCUGCACUACUACAGUCGCGUGGCCCUCACGCGCGAGUUCCUCCCGCUGCUGCGGCAGUCGCCACGGGCGCCGCGCGUGCUCUCGGUCUUUAGCGCCGGCGUGCACUCGCCGUACCACAAGUUUCGCGACGACCCGGACCUCCAGAUGCACUACUCGCUGAGCAAUGCCGCGAACGCGUGCGGCUUUUACAACGAUCUGAUGCUCGACGCGUUUGCGGCCGACCCGGCGAACGCGACGGUGGCCUUUGCGCACACGGCGCCGGGUUUUGUCUCGACCAAGUGGGGCACCGAGAUGCCGUGGUUUGUACGAACGCUCUUCGUUCGCCCGCUGCAGUUUUACGGCAAAACGUCCAGCGACUGCGCCGAGUUCCUCUCGGACUUUCUGCUACAAGAGGCAGCGCCCGACGCGCCACGCGUCACGCUUCUAAACCAGUUUGGCGAACCAGCGUCGCCGACGUCAAUGCACUCGCCCGAAGCUGUCGCGUUUCUGCGGGACCACACGCUCGAGGUGCUGGACCGUAUUCGCGCCGACGCCGCCGUGGCCAACGUCGCCUGAUUCGAAACAAGUUGUUGUCACUGUAGCUAUUAACUCUUGCGAUAGUACUGUCCUUGCAUAGAGAUUCGUACAAGGUCAAUCUCGUCUGCAUGCAUGUCUGGAGCCGGGCGGGUAUAAUAAUUGCG